CCCAUUGCGCAUGCCCAGUCUCUAACAGCCUACGGUACGGCACACCGGAGUCACAACAACCGACAGCCGUCCACCGUGAGCGGCCGUCAGCUCCGCGACUGUCCGCCCAUCAGGAGGCCGGAGCCGGGCAAGUUAGUGAGAGAGGCUGGGGGGCACGGAGCCGGAGCAGCGGACACACAGAGCGGAGCAGCGGGGCUGGAGAGCACGGAGCAGCCCGCUGAUUCACACCGGGUAACUGUCACCGUGUGUCCGCACACUCUGAUCCGGACUGGCGCUAACGAGCAGCUCCUGGUUCUUCUUCUCAUUAAACCGAGACACUGCUGAUGGAUCGUUCCGCACGCUGAUAACUACAGCUAACAUUAGCCAGCGAGCUAACAGGCUAACACCGUAACACGGUCCCGGUAAUGUUAGCAUGGAAGGGAUAACGGUCACCAUGCUAGCAUCCCGGUAAACAGAACGACAGCUAUCGGUUAGCUGUUAGCCGUGUGCUAACAGCUAGCUACAAGCCAGGAGCUAACAGUUAGCUGCGGAACAUCUGGCCGAGCGGCCGAGGAUGGUCGCAGUGACAGCGGCUGUUCUGGAGGAGCGGCCCUACCCCGCCGGAGGUUCUUACAUUGUCACCCCCCCUGUUGGACUCAGGACCCGGCUGUGAGGCUUCAUGUAAACCGCUGAACGCUCACACGGUCCCUCCGUGCUGCCGCAGACAUGCAGGCGGCGCCGCAGCAGUACGACUUCUUCUGCGACGAGAACGCGCACAAGUGGAGAGGCCUGCUCGUGCCCGCGCUGGAAAAGGUACUGAACCAGGUGCAUCCUAACCUGGUGUCCCAGCAGGAGGCGCUGCAGUACAUAGAGGAGCUGAUCCUGGUCCUGCUCAACAUGCUGUGUCAGGCUCAACCCCGCACCGUGCAGGACGUGGAGGAGCGGGUGCAGAAGAGCUUUCCUCACCCGAUAGAUAAGUGGGCUAUCGCUGAUGCUCAGGCUGCCAUCGAGAAGAGGAAGAGGAGGAAUCCUCUGGCUCUACCUGUGGACAAGAUCCACCCACUGCUGAAGGAGGUGCUUGGUUAUAAGAUAGACCACCAGGUGUCGGUCUACAUGGUCGCUGUGCUAGAGUACAUCUCUGCCGACAUCCUGAAGCUCGCCGGAAACUACGUCAGGAACAUCCGCCACUACGAGAUCUCCCAGCAGGACAUCACCGUGGCAAUGUGUGCUGACAAGGUGCUGAUGGACAUGUUCCAUCAGGACGAGGAGGACAUCAGCGGGUUUCCUCUGAUGGACGAGGAGCCGUCAGCCAAUGAGGAGCAGAGUUACUACGAGCUGGUGAGGAGCUUCAUGUCCGACGGGAGGACGUACCUGAGACAGCUCAAUCUGCUCAUCAAGGUGUUCAGAGAGCCCUUCACCUCCAGUCCCAUGCUCUACUCUCAGCAUGAUGUGGACAGUAUCUUCAGCCGAAUCGUUGAUAUCCACGAGGUGACCGUGAAGCUGCUGGGGUUGAUCGAGGACACGGUGGAGAUGACCGACGAAGGAAGUCCUCAUCCUCUGGUGGGGAGCUGUUUUGAGGACCUAGCCGAGGAGUUGGCCUUUGAUCCCUAUGAGACGUACACUCAGGAAAUCCUGCGCUCUGGUUUCCAUGAACACUUCCUGAGUCAGGUGUCCAAACCAGGAGCUGCCUUCCACCUUCAGUCCAUCUGUGAAGGUUUCAAAGAGGCUGUUCAGUACGUCCUGCCUAGACUGCUGCUCACACCUGUUUACCACUGCCUUCACCUGUUCGAGAUCCUCAAGCAACUGGAGGAGAAGAGUGAGGAUGAGGAGGAUAAAGAGUGUCUUAAACAGGCCAUCACCGCCCUACUCAACCUGCAGAGCAGCAUGGAGAGGACCUGCUCAAGGAACCUGGCCAAGAGGAGACUCAGCGAGUCGGCGUGUCGCUUCUACAGCCAUCAGAUGAAGGGGAAGCACCUCGCCAUCAAGAAGAUGAACGAGAUCCAGAAGAACAUCGACGGCUGGGAGGGGAAGGACAUCGGCCAGUGCUGCAACGAGUUCAUCAUGGAGGGAACGCUGACGCGGGUCGGCGCCAAACACGAGCGCCAUAUCUUCCUGUUCGACGGCCUCAUGAUCUGCUGCAAGUCCAACCACGGCCCGCCGCGGUUGCCGGGCGCCAGCUCCACGGCGGAGUACCGGCUCAAAGAGAAGUUCUUUAUGCGCAAAGUCCAAAUCAACGACAAGGACGACAAGGAGGGAGAGUACCGUCACGCCUUCGAGAUCAUCCUGAAGGAUGGGAACAGCGUGGUGUUCGCCGCCAAGUCCGCUGAGGAGAAGAACGGCUGGAUGGCGGCGCUGAUCUCGCUGCAGUACCGCAGCACGCUGGAACGCAUGCUGGACUCAGCCAUGCUGCAGGAGGAGAAGGAGGAGCAGAUGAGGCUGCCGGGAGCAGAACUGUACCGGUUCACUGAACCGGACUCGGAGGAGAACGUCGUGUUUGAGGAGAACGUUCAGUCCAAGUCUGGGAUCCCCAUCAUCAAAGCCGGGACGGUCCUGAAGCUGAUCGAGAGGCUCACCUUCCACAUGUAUGCAGAUCCAAACUUUGUCCGAACAUUUCUGACCACCUUCAGGUCAUUCUGUAAACCUCAGGAGCUGCUGGACCUGCUCAUUGAGAGGUUUGACAUCCCAGAGCCGCGGCCCAGCGAGGCGGAUCAGAUGGAGGGCGGAGAGCAACCGCCGAGCGCUGAACUAAAACGUUUCCGUAAAGAAUUUGUUCAACCCGUCCAGCUCAGAGUGCUCAACGUGUGUCGCCACUGGGUGGAGCAUCACUUUUACGACUUCGAGAGAGACGCUCACCUGCUAAGACAACUGGAGGAGUUCAUCGCCUCCGUUAGAGGUAAAGCAAUGAGGAAAUGGGUGGAAUCCAUCACUAAGAUCAUCCAGAGAAAAAAGCAGGUUCAGGUGAGCGUGCCCAGUCACAGCAUCACCUUCCAGAACUCUCCUCCUCCCAUCGAAUGGCACAUCUGCAAACCAGGUAACACAGAACCGUUCGACCUCAUGACGCUGCACCCCAUCGAGAUCGCACGCCAGCUUACCCUUCUGGAGUCUGACUUUUACAGGGCGGUGCAGCCCUCAGAGCUGGUCGGUAGCGUUUGGACCAAAGAGGACAAAGAGCUUCACUCACCGAACCUGCUGAGGAUGAUCCGACACACCACCAACCUCACCCUGUGGUUUGAAAAGUGUAUUGUAGAAACAGAGAACCUGGAGGAGCGCGUGUCCGUCGUGUCUCGGAUCAUAGAGAUCCUUCAGGUGUUUCAAGAACUUAACAACUUUAACGGCGUCCUGGAGGUCGUCAGCGCCAUGAACUCGUCUCCGGUCUACAGACUGGACCACACCUUUGAGCAAAUCCCGAGUCGUCAGAGGAAGAUCUUAGAGGAGGCCCACGAGCUCAGCGAGGACCACUAUAAGAAAUAUCUCGCCAAACUGCGCUCCAUCAACCCCCCCUGUGUGCCCUUCUUUGGUAUCUACCUGACCAACAUCCUGAAGACGGAGGAGGGAAACCCCGACUUCCUGCGGCGGCACGGCAAAGACCUGAUCAACUUCAGCAAGAGGAGGAAGGUGGCUGAGAUCACCGGGGAGAUCCAGCAGUACCAGAACCAGCCGUACUGUCUACGGGGGGAGAGCGACAUCAGGAAGUUCUUCGAGAACCUCAACCCGAUGGAGGACAUGUCCGAGAAGGACUUCGCAGAUCACCUGUUCAACAAAUCCCUGGAGAUCGAACCUCGAAACGCCCGCUCUUUGCCUCGCUUUGCCAAGAAGUAUUCCUGUCCUCUCAAGUCUCCGGGGAUCCGCCCUUCUUCGGCGAGGCCCGGCACCAUGCGUCACCCGACGCCGCUGCAGAACGAGCCCAGGAAGAUCAGCUACAGCCGCAUACCUGACAGUGAGGCGGAGGGCGUGGCCGUCUCAGCCCCCAACUCCCCACGCACACCGCUGACUCCGCCCCCAGCCUCCGCCGCCUCCAGCUCAACAGACGUAGGCAGUGUGUUCGAUUCCCCACAGGGUCCCAGCAGCCCCUUCCAUUCCACCUGCGACAGUAUCUUCUCUGUGGUCUCUCUGCCUCACGGUCCACGGUCCUCCUCGGUCUCCUCCAUGGUGAGUUUCAGUCGUGGUUCUGAGGAGGUUCCUGUUCCUCCUCCGGUUCCUCCUCGCAGACGUCCUGAGUCGGCUCCUGCUGAGUCGUCUCCGUCGAAGAUGAUGUCACAGUUGGACAGCCCCCCCGCAGUGCCGCCGCGCCAGCCCACCUGUAAGCUCCUUCCCACUCGUUACUCGUCGUUGUCGUCGUCUCCCCCGGACAGCCCCCCCUCUCUGCCUCCUCGGGAACCUCUUAGCUCCCCCCUGCACCUCCUGCCCCCCCCUCAGGGCCGCCCGCCCCGCUGUGACCUGCUGCCUCAGGCCUUCUUCCCCUCCACCUCCUCUCCCUCCCCCUGCGUCAGCUCCGCUCCCAUUGCCUCCUCACCGCCCCAUCCCGCCCCCGUCACCCCCAGUCCCAUCCCCGCCUCAAAGAAGACGGCCCUCCCCUCGCCCCCCUUACCCCUGCUUCCCCUGGAUGGCCCCCCUGUUCCCCCCCGACACGGUGUUCCGAAACUUCCCCCUAAAACCUACAAGAGGGAGUCUCUGAGCCACGCCCCCCUGCUGGACACGCCCCCUGCCUUAUGAUUGGACAGCCUUGACUUCCUGUAAGGGGGGGCAGCUGAUUGGACAGCCUGUAUGAGAGGCAGGGCCAGAAAUGGAAACACUACAGCUGAUUGGAUCAGAACUAAAGGCUGGUUUUAAGACAAACAUCUGAUAGGCCAAUCAAGAGGCUCUGAUCCAAUCUGGACUGUCAAAAUAAAAUGCAGAUCUUGUGCUCUUGUGAAAAACUGACUGAUGUGGCCUCGGGCUACAGGACUCUGAGGACCCUUCAGGACCUGGACCAGAACCAGAACCACAGAGGUACUGUGACGGUUCUGGUCUCCGAGUGGAUCCUCCAAUUAAAAAACGACAAGGGAACCAAAACCAGAA